AUGGCAACCUUAAGUGAGAAAAAGACCUGCAGCGAACGGAUGGAAAAUUUCCGUCGAUUUGUCUGGAAUCCAGAAACAAAGCAGUUUAUGGGAAGGACCUUAAUUAACUGGGUGUGGAUCAGCCUGUAUUACCUUGCUUUCUACGUGGUGAUGACUGGGUUGUUCUCACUUGCCUUGUACUCUUUAAUGCGGACGCUCAAUCCGUACGAGCCGGAUUAUCAAGACCAACUGAAAUCCCCAGGUGUAACAUUACGACCGGAUGUUUACGGGGAGAGAGGAUUAGAAAUCUAUUACAAUAUAUCUGACAAUAAAACCUGGGAUGGGUUCGUGACAACUCUUCAGACUUUUCUAACAGCGUAUACACCAGCUGCUCAGCAUCUCAACAUCAACUGCACAAGUGACACUUACUUCAUCCAAGACACCUUUGAUGGCCCAAACAAAACAAAACUAUCUUGCAAAUUUACAUCAGAUAUGCUUCAAAACUGCUCUGGCCUCACAGACCCUACUUUUGGAUUUCCGGAGGGAAAACCCUGUUUAAUUAUAAAAAUGAACAGGAUUAUCAAAUUUUACCCCGGCAAUGGCACCGCACCAAGAGUGGACUGCACAUAUGGUGAUGAUUCUCGUCCACUUGAAGUAGACUACUACCCAGUGAACGGUACCUUUAACCUGCACUACUUCCCUUAUUACGGAAAAAAGGCGCAGCCCACUUACACUAAUCCUCUGGUAGCUGUGAAACUUCUCAACAUUACAAGGAAUGAAGAACUUAAAAUAGUGUGCAGAGUGGUUGGAACUGGAAUUAUCUCUGAUAAUGUUCAUGAUCCUUAUGAAGGAAAAGUAGAAUUUAGAUUGAAAAUAGAAGACUAA